GGAAGUGGGCCACGCUGUAUGUUCCACAUGUCCGCCUCCAUUCGCCGAAUACCCCUGCAACACCGCAUGAAGCACUAGUGCGUCACUGUUUAUACGUCGUAUUCGACAAUACGACGUAUCGCCCUUGCCGCAGCUGUUUCACGAUAGCUUCUACUCCCAUCCUUCUCUCCCUCUCCUCCCUUUGGCGCGCGAAGUUCAUGUUCUUACCGCAACAAUUCGGCUACGACUACUCGGGGUAGAAUACGACGUAUUCCCAAGUAUAGCGGAUCACAUUCUGCUUUCUCACCCACAUCUGGCGCUGCGUUCACCGCAGCACGUUCUGAAACUACAGCGAACUCGAGAGGUACAAAGAUCUUGAGUCCUCACAAUGUUUCGAUCAAGAUACCAUCUACCAUCGACUUCCAUCGCCUCACCAUCUCCAGCCGCUUCGAGCUUGUCCCGCAGAAGAAUCUCGUACGAAUUAUACCCACCGGCGCCUUCACCCAAUCAGCCAGGAUGGUCGAUGGAGUAGAGCCCACCAAGGGAGGCUACUACCUUUGGAACUACCUCCCCUCGAUGGCCGCCGCUGUUAUAUUUAUCCUACUUUUCAUGGUUACCACCGGUUUGAUCUGGUGGCGAAUGUUCCGUACCAAGACCUGGUUUUGCACCCCGUUUGUGGUUGGGGGCUUCCUGGAGUUCGCCGGUUACUGCGCAAGAGCGUCCGCUCACAGCAAGACUGGUAGAAUCAUGCCAUUCGCUGUACAAAACGUCUUCAUUCUCCUUGGCCCCGCUUUCUUCGCUGCAUCAAUCUACAUGUGUCUGAGUCGCAUCAUUCGCAGUAUACAAGCCGACCACCUUUCCGUGAUCAAGCCUCGGAAGUUGACGAAGAUAUUCGUGACGGGUGACGUCCUCUCCAUCCUGGUUCAGGGAGGCGCUUCUGGCCUGAUGGUUACCGGCACGCAUGCAAAGCUCGGAGAAGGCAUCGUGAUCGCUGGUCUACUUAUUCAAGUGAUCAUGUUUGCACUAUUCGCGGUCACAGGGGUCAUCUUUCGGAACCGCAUACGCCAACGUCCUACUCCUGAGUCGUACACCGUCGAUGUUCCUUGGAGGGAGAGUUUACGCAUGCUGUUCAUUGUCUCCGCUCUCAUCAUGGUCAGAUCUGUCUUUCGCGUCGUAGAGUACGCCAUGGGUAAUGACGGGUAUCUUCUGAGGCAUGAAUGGACCAUGUACAUCUUCGAUUCAGUUCCAAUGUUCGCGGUUACCGUCUUGUACUACUUGUGGUACCCAACAAUACUGGUUGAUAUGAAGACCGAGCUGCAGAACAUUUCUGCAUAG